GUUCUAAUCGUUUUCUAGUCUGAUUCUACCGUAUAUAAAAGAGCAUGUUAAGCAGCGAGCUCGAAGAGAUUCAUUAAAUUGAGUUUAGGAAAAUGAUCACCGUAGCCGUACUUCUAUCAUUUCUCGCUCAUCUGAUGGUUGAAGCAUCACCAUCAUGGAAAGCAUUAGAUCCAGAGCAAACCCUGAACGCGUUCAAACACUGUUUAGACCAUCACCUUCCAUCGGGAUCGGACAGAGAGACGUACAAAUCGCUUUGGCUGGCCUGGAAGAUGGAACCGAACGAUUCCAUUACACACUGCUACCUGAGGUGUGCUCUGACCGGUUUGCAGAUCUAUGACCCGCAGGAAAACGCUUUCAAGUCUGAGCGGAUUCCAGUUCAAUAUCAUGCGUACAAAAAUGUCUCCCGAGCGCAACAGAACGAAGUCACCGAGUAUCAACAAGCGUUGGCCGCUGCCAAUCCAAAAACGGGGAGCUGUGUCGAUGUGUACAAUGCGUACCUUCCAGUUCACAACCGAUUCUUCAAAGUAUGCUCCCAACUGUAUCACGGUAUAAUCCGCCCGUUAAAGGUACCCCAGUAGCCAUUAGGUCCCAAUUUUGGACGAGAAUAGCGUUGAUUGAUUUACAAUAAGAUACGAUCGGCAACACAUAA